ACCAGUCGACCCUUCAACCGCCGGUAAUUUACAACUCUGACCCUCCGGCGAGGCCCCGGCCGCUCCCAUGGCCUCCGCCGGCGACGGCCUCGCCGGAGCGCCGUCGUCUUCGCCUCCCCCGCUCCCCCCGCCUCGCCCGCCGCCGCCUCCCCCGGCGGGGAACCCAAACCACAACCACCAGAGCCACAACCACGCGGCGAUCUCGUCGCCGCUGCUGCAGUCCGCGGCCGACGCGGACGCGCCGCUGUCCCGGUGGCUGCGGCGCCUCGAGGCGUUCCUGACCGCGGCGGGGCUGGCGGCGUCGACCCGCCUCGGCGUGGCCGCCGCGGCCUCCGCGCUCGCGGUCCUGGGCCUCGCGCUGCCCGCCGCGGCCGUCGCGCUCUCCCCGUGCCGCGGCGGGCGCCGCCUCGCCUGCGACGAGUUCGAGGUCGAGGCGUUCGAGGUCUGCGUGCUGCUGUCGCAGGCCGCCGCCGCGGCCGUCGCGCUCGGCUGCGUGUCCAGGAAGAUGGCCAUGUACGGACUCCGCAAGUUCCUCUUCGUCGACCCGGAGCUCGGGAUGAGGAUCCGGUUCCAGAAGGAGUACGUCGCCAAGAUCCAGGACUUCUUCAGCAUACUCACAUGGUGGAUAUUGCCGUGCUUUGUUGUGAAAGUCGCUCGAGAAUUAUUCCGCUUUUCCCACAUCUUCCAGGAGUCAGUUUGGAGAGCAUGUGUUGUGUUUUCUGCUUCCAUCAUGUCAUGGAUGUAUUUGACAACGAUAAUUCUGUCAUCCUGCAUGCUCUUCCACCUGGUUUGCAAUCUGCAAGUUAUUCACUUUGAUGACUAUGGCAAACUUCUAGAACAAGAUGCGGAUCCUUUGGUCUAUUUGAAAGAGCACCUGCAGCUCCGCCAUAACCUCUCCAAGAUAAGUCACAGGUUCCGCAUGUUCCUCCUCCUGCUCUUCAUUUCUGUCACAGCAAGCCAGUUUGCUAUUCUUUUCAAGACAACAGCCUACAUUGGCCCGAUCAAUUUCACCAAUGGUGGUGACAUAGCUGUUUCUUCAGUUGUUCAAGUUGUGGGUCUCGUCCUCUGUUUACAUGCUGCUGCUAAAAUCUCCCACAGGGCUCAAAACAUCUCUUCAAUAGCUAGUCGAUGGCACGCAUUAGCAACAUGCUCUACUGAUUCUAAUUAUGUGACCACCCCAAACAGCUCUGGGAACCUUAUGCCCUUUCCUGCACAUCUGUUUCUGAGAGAUUAUUCGGAAAGUGAUCUGGAGUCCCUGGAGAGUGCUGCCUCUCUGCAUGGCAAUUCUCAAGGCACAGCUCAGUUGGCCUCGUACAUGUCUUCAUACCACAAGAGGGAAUCACUUGUGCUGUACCUGUUAGCGAAUCCAGGCGGCAUCACGAUAUUUGGCUGGAUAGUUGACCGGGCAUUCCUAAACACCAUCCUGAUGCUCGAGUUAACUCUUGUGCUCUUCGUGCUUAGCAAGACCGUUGUGAUCCCAAGCAAGACACUCAUGCAGAGCUACAUCGGGCUCACAUGAUUACAGGACCCUCGCAAUGCACGGAUUCAAACAUUCAGGGUCAGCUAGGAGGUCAUGAUUUGAUGAUGACACAUUGCCAGGGUUUGCAUGCCAGAGUGGGAGAAACUGGCAGAAAUGGUGGAAAAUUUGGUUUUUCUUAGGCGCGCAAGCGCAAAUCAUAUGCACAUCAUGCCACUACAGACAUUUGGGAUCAGCGUGCUCCAGGCUGAAGGCUGGCUGAGGCUAAGGAUGCGCCGUGUACAGUUUUGGGCGGGUGAAGUGGUCUGAGGCUUCUGUUCUCUUUUUUUUUUUGCUGUGUAUAUACGAAAUGUAUGUGCUACUACUGUAAACCAAUAUGAUAUACGUACAACAAUAUAUUUUCUCUACCCUUUUUGUCAAUCAUGGGGCGGAUUAGCAGGUGUAUAUAUAACAAGCUAGAUGUGCCAUGAUGCCAUUUUGGCCCUCUUUACGACACACAUUCUCUGCACUAUGAAAGUGUACAAUUCUCCUUCA